AGCUCUUCAUGAAAAACAAACCCACGUGUAGAGAGUGGUCUGUGAUUUUUGUCCACAUUAUGACAUAAAACACUAAUCAACCGAAGAUGCAGGUUUCAAAUCCUAAUAACGUUAACAUCUACAACUUAAGCGCUGGCAAAUCGCUUCCAGAGUGGCUUUCAGACAGAAAAAGAAGAGCAUUACUCAAACAAGAUGUUGACAUUCGACGGAGGAUAGAGCUACUCCAGGAUUUUGAGAUGCCCACUGUGAGUCAUGGCGUACAAGUCACCCCAGAUGGACGAUACAUAUGUACCACAGGAACAUAUAAACCACGUUUUAGAUGUUAUGAUGUUGCUCAAAUGUCACUCAAGUUUGAACGAGGACUGGAUUCUGAUGUCGUCAAGUUUCUAUUACUGGAUAACGAUUAUUCAAAAGUUGUGUUCCUUCAGUGCGACAGGUACAUAGAGUUCCAUUCCUCGAAUGGACGCUACUACAAACUCCGUAUACCCAAGUAUGGUCGUGACCUUGCCUACCAUCAUGCUAGCUGUGAUAUGUACAUAGGAGGAGUCAGUUCAGAAGUCUACAGACUCAAUCUGGAGCAAGGCCGGUUCCUUAAUCCUCUUGUUGUUGAGGCAGAAGAGGUAAACUGUUGUCAGUUCAAUCCAUCUAACUACCUCUUGGCUUGCGGAACAAGCAUGGGUACGGUGGAGUGUUUUGAUCCGCGGGUCAGAACUAGAGUGGGUGUGCUGGACAUAGCCCUCAGUAAACACGUCGACGACCUCGAAACCUUGGACCUCCCAGCUGUGACAGCAUUAAAAUUCCGUGAUGGUCUCAACAUGGCUGUAGGAACGAGCACGGGUCAUGUAUUGCUGUAUGACAUGAGAUCUGACAAACCUCUGCUAGUUAAAGACCACCAGUAUGAGCUGCCCAUCAAGUCUAUUGAGUUCCAGGAUUCUAUGGAUUUAGUGCUGUCCAUGGAUACAAAGAUUCUGAAGCUAUGGAACCGGGAAACGGGGAAAGCCUUCACAUCUAUUGAGCCUGGCACCAACCUGAACGACCUGUGUUUGUUACCGGAGUCUGGUAUGCUCUUCAUGGCUAACGAGGCUCCAAAGAUCCUCAGCUACUAUAUUCCUACACUGGGGACUGCACCAAAAUGGUGUUCAUUUCUCGACAAUAUGACAGAGGAGUUGGAAGAAAAAACGGCUGACAUGGUGUAUGACGACUACAAGUUCGUCACAAGGAAGGUGUUGGAGGACUUGGGUCUGGCCCAUCUUAUAGGCUCUACCAUGUUGAGGGCGUACAUGCAUGGCUUCUUCAUCGACAUUAGGCUCUACCAUAGGGCAAAAGCAAUGGUCGAACCAUUUGCAUAUGACGAAUAUCGAAAGAAAAAGAUUCGGGAAAAAUUAGAGGAGGAUCGAGCAAAUAGAGUGCGCUCCAAGAAACUACCAAAGGUCAAUAGAGAUCUGGCAGAGAAACUUCUGACAGCUAAAGAAGUGAUUGCAACCACCUCGACUGGGAAAAAACGGGCAAAAGAAGCUGUCGGUCUUUUGGAAGAUAACCGAUUUAGUGAGAUGUUCACAAAGACAGACUUUCAAAUUGAUACAUCUACUGAGGAGUAUCGAUUGCUUAAUCCAGUUAUCUCUAAACUGGACAAAGCAGUCAAGAGAAAACAGCAGAGUCAGCUGACAAAGCAGUACGAGGAGGUAGAGGAGGAUGAUGAGGUUGAGGGUCGUGCGAGUGAGGACGACAGUAGCUCUGAUGAUGAGCAUAUGUGGACUGACGACCACAAACGAGAGUACCACGAGGCAAAGCGUCUUCAGUAUGAGAAGGAUCGUCAGGACAGACUGGAGAAAAAGGAACUUGGUGAUACCAGCCAGCCAAGGUUCUACCAACUCAAGGAAGGACAGGAUGCUAACAAGAGAGAAGACAAGCACAAGAGAAAAGAACAACGGAAAAGCCUUGCAGAAAGAUUAGAGAGUUCACAUGACAAGUCAGUCAUCAAGGAAUCCGGAACAAGGGGCAACAAGGAAAUGACCUUCAGAUGGAAAAAGAGUGAACGGGAGAGUAGACGACAGAAGGCCAACAAAGAACACUAUGAGGAACGAAAGAAAUUACGGCGGACAGCAGGGGAGAUAAGCAAAGAGUUUAAGGAAAAACCAAAGUACUGGAUGGGCAAAAAAGUGACAUGAAAAAAAAUGAAAUUAUGAAAAUGUUGUUUAAUAGAUGACUAAGUUUGGAUUGAAAGUACAGUGGCAGUUUAAUAAAGGGAGAUGCAAAUGAGCCAUGAAUAUAAGUUGAGGAAAUAGAUGUACUAGUGAACUGACUUAUAUCUAUGUAUACCAACCGACAAGAUUAUACCUGGCUUCAGCAAAAUGGUGUGUAACGGUAUUCCAAGAAAGUACCAAAUUAUCCUUUAUGUAGGAGUGUAGAGGAACAUCAUUGUCCUCGAUGCUUUCCUGGAAUUUCUGGCCAUUUAUGAAUAAAAUAUUUGUCCAUAUUGUUAUUAAGGCUAUCUUAAUGAAUGUGUACUUGUAUAAAAAUGCAGUUCAAAUUCAUAAUAAUCUUAGUACCACUACUUAAAAUGAUCAUGAAUGGAGAAGUAAACAAUAGCUUGAAAAAAAAUAGUUUAAUAAUAUGA